CCCUUCUCGACACAGCAACAAGAGGAGAAUUAGACAGAGAGAGGCACACGAGCCAGAUCGAGGACAUGGCUUUCUAGUGCUGCGUGGAUCUCGAAGCGAACAAGCGUGUUUUGCACGCUGCAACGAAACCAACAUCAUGGAGUCUUUUGCCGCCGCCACCACUAUCCCUGCCUGCAGGAGCCAAGUCACUCCUUGCCAGCUGCAUCCCAAUCCUGCACUGAACUUUAGUAAUUUCCAUUACAAUGUCCCUACUGGCAGCGCUGACCCUGGACCUGGACCUCACCAUGAUCCCAGCUAGCACCAUGUCUUGCAGGCCGGAGCUGCUCAAGCACCGGCUGCCCCAUGCCGGUCACUGUGAGCUGCUAGCCGGACCUGUGGAUGAGGCCUUUGCCCUCAACAUGAACCGCCCACUGCUGACAGGCGAUGGCUUCUCAGACUGGAUGACGGAGCGUACAGACUUAGCCACGCUCCUGAGUGUGUCAGGGGAACCCUCACCACUCUCACUGCCUUCCCCUCCUGCUCCGGACCUGGAGGCCAUGGCCUCAUUACUCAAAAAGGAGUUGGAGCAGAUGGAGGAUUAUUUCUUGGAGGAAUCACUUUCACCAGAACAGGUAGCACCUAGCACCCCUCCCUCUGAUGGGAACUUCCACUUCCCUUUUGGUGAUGGCUUCCAACCCCAGGGCCAUCACAAUACAGCUACCCCUCUGCAGACCUUGGAUUCAAGCUGCUUAGAGUUGCUGGAGCUCUAUGGAGGAGACGUACCUGCCGAGCUCCCCCUACAGGGCAACGAAGUACAUGUCCCAGUACAGCGGUCACCUGUCCUAACACCCAAGGGAGACCGGCGGCAGAAGAAGCGAGACCAGAACAAGACAGCAGCCUUGCGGUACCGGCAGCGUAAACGGGCUGAACAUGAGGCCUUGGGGGAUGAAUGCCAAGUCCUAGAGGCACGCAAUCGUGAGCUUCGAGAGAAAGCAGAGUCUAUUGAGAGAGAGAUCCAGUAUGUCAAAGACCUGCUCAUUGAAGUCUAUAAGGCACGAAGUCAGCGCCUGCGCACCACCCCCUAGAGGCAGGGACUGCACCUAAAUCCCCUCCCUCCCCCCACCACACCUUCCCCCUGCCUUAAAGAAAAAGCCUAAGGAGAAACCAAAGAGAUAAUGGGUGUAGAAAAGAACAGAGCAAGCAUGUAGGAAUAAAGCUUGAGAAUUGUUGGGAAUGAAUAGCCUGCAUGACGCUUUGAAGGGUAGGGCUGAGUAGAUGAACUGUGCAAGGCAGAUGUAGAAUUGUGGGCCACAGGCUCUGUGGGUCAAGUCAAGGCAUAGAGUGGACUCUGCAUGGGAUAUUGGGGCUACUCAAGUAGGAAAGGCCAAAAAUUAGCCAGUUUUGGCAGUCUCAGGAUCCUGGAGUAGAAUGUGGCAAGGUGGUCCCUUUUCCCUUACUGUGUCUCCCUUCUCCGUCUCCCUUCUCCCCACUCCCCUCCCAGAACAAACCAACAAGAAACAGACAACAGUCUCCAAGCUGUGAGAUGGCCUUUUUUUGUAUGUACACUUCAUAGCACUUCUUUCUUAUGCUACCUUUUCUCAACUAUGCACCAAUAAAUACUUGCUUAAAAUGUG